AUGAUUGGCACAAUUGGGGUCCAUGCUCAGCUUCAUGUGGCGGUGGGACGAGAAAACGGUAUCAAGAAGAAUGUGUUCGAGGUGACAAAAAGCUGUAACCUAGGUUUCUACAUAUCACGUUGCAAGGGCCAAAAUAAGGAAUGUGGCGGAUAUCCAGACAACAUCAGAUGUACAGCUUGUGACGAUCCUUAUUACCCCGGAGGAUAUAGUAGAGGGUGUAUAGAAUGUCCAGCAAUCAUCGAGUGUAAACACAGAAGCUGCACAACAGCCUACAAUGUCUACUGCAAGGAACGUAACGACGACAUUUUUUUCUUCAAGCGUUACAACAGUGACAAGGAAUGUCAGCGAAUGUGUUCUUGGAACAACCAUUACUGUUGGCCUGGCAGCUGCAAUCCAAACGAUCUAACCAAGGAUUGCACGUGCGCCACGGGGUUUGACAGGAUUUCAAACUCCGGGGAAACUUCGUGUCAACCCACUAAGAAACCAUCUAUCUUAACAUGUGACACUGUGGCUUUUGGACCAAACGGUGAAAAGAAGAGAGCAAUGUCUUCGAGCAGUUCAACGGCGUGUCAGUAUUUACAAGAUACGUAUGGAAACUAUCAGCCGACGAUAAUGCAGUUUGAUUUGACCACUGAAUACACCGUUGACAUUUCCAGCUAUUCGCAUCCUUCAUUUGUUAAGGAACAGAGCUUUGGGAUAACGGACACAACAGUAUAUAUAAAACGUCAAUCAAUAUCAAAUUCGCUCACUACCUUAUCAACAAACAGGCUACUGACAGAUGUCAACUCGAGCCAGUCUGUAACGAGAACGCAUUUCGAGUCACAUAACUUAACGACUAACUAUUCACUCGCAAAUGGUCAGGCGCUGUGUUUGGAAUAUGAAGCUAAAGGUGGUGGUUACUUGAAAGCCAUUGAUAGGAGAACCAACACUGCCCUCAGUGCUAAGCCUUACCAUAAAACUGUUGACCAACGAACAGUCUGCUAUCGGUUCGACAGCCAACCACCUGAACACUGUUCAAAACUUUCGAUAUGUAGCUCUGAGCCUUUACGAGUCGACAAACGAAUAACGCGAUCAAAACUUCAUCACGUUGAGUUUGACGGUUGGGUGGAUCCCGUUCCUUCAGGAGGAGUUUCGCGUACCGCUUCAUCCAUUGAGAGCUAUGAAAUAAGGGUAAAUGAGGUUUUACCAUCGAAAGGAUCAUUAAAGGUAGAUUACACAUCCAACGUAUUAAGUAUAAAGGUUAACCACAGAGUCAAAAAUAUGGAUAUUAAUCUUACCUCAGACACACCAAGGCUCUAUUGUUUCACAUUGGAUGUUAAGGAUUUUGCAGACAAUGUUCGACAGUGUCGCCGCUUUGUUCUUUACGAUAACACGUCGUCAAUUCAAUUCUGGAAUGAAAAGCCUUUCCGAUUUACAUCCGCCUCGUCUGCUAUAGAUUACACGUGGCAAACCCAUCACAACAAUGUCUGCAUAAGCUGGAAAGAUUAUUUUUACAACGAUUUCUACAUAAAUAAUGAUCUUCUGAAGCCUAUUGACCCCGACCCGCACGGUCUCAUUACCGGCUCAUGCGAGCAAAUGACUGGUGAAAUACCAGUUUCCGGGACUUCAAAUGUUCAUGGUAUUAUGGCAUACAAUAUUUCGUGGAGAUUGAAUAAUGGAUCAUUCUCUGGAGAAACCUCUGUCCCCUCCUUCACGAGUCAAUCUUUUUGCAGGGAUAUGAAUGUCACUGACGGAGAUACAUACAGACUGAACGUAAAGGCUAUUGAUAUAGCUGGAAAUGCCCAAAGCGAUCAACGAACCGUAUUUAUUGAUCGCUCAGCGCCUCAUCUCAACGACAUUUGGCUUGAGAAAGAUGGGUACGGAAUGUUGUAUGUUCAUAAUAGCACGGACCUUUCCAAGAUAAAAAUGACGUUUGAUGCACUUGAUCCACAUAGUGGCUUAUCUAAGAUACAUUGGGCGUUUGGAAUAGCAAUGACCGAGCUUCUAAGUGAGCACCUUGCUGUUAGGACUAUAACUGUAAGUUCCUGCUCAACAGCACAGUGCUACUGUCCGGCUAUUGGUGAAUGUGCAUUCUUGAACUACACAAUAACUCUCAAAAAGUUAAGUGUUAAGAAUUGGCACAUUGGCAUAAACAACAGGAUCUAUUAUUUCACCAUAAAAGUAACCAACAUGGCUGGGCUUUCAACAACGGAGCAUAUUGAUGUGCUUGUUGAUGAUUCGCCUCCUUCAGUAGGUGUUGUUUACGAAGAUACCAAUGAUACAGAACAAUACAGAGUUGUCCACUGGCAAGGAUUUUCUGAUCCGGAGAGUGGUAUAAGAUUCUACCGUAUAGGAAUUAAUACACGAUGUCUGACGAAGGAGGAAAUGAACAGUUUCUCGAAAACAACAAAUGCGUUGUAUUUUGAGCUCUCUUUUAACGAAACAUCAAUAAAGAUAUUUGACAAUUUCACAUGCACACCUUCUAUUACUGUCCUUGCAAUUAACAACGCUAUGCAGCCGUCGUCGGUUGUGUGUAUCGAAGUAAUUAAAAGGAAUGACAGAGACAGUUGUAAUGGUAAGAUUUGCAUGACUUCUUAA